AUGGAUGACAUAGAUUUUGAUGUAGAAAGUAUAUCCCAUUUAUUAAAUGGUGACUUUGUUCCUGAAGACAAUAGUUCAAGCAAUAAUAUUGGCAACAAUUCGACUACUUCCAAAAAUGACAGCUUAAGAUCUGAAAUCGGAUUCAAUUCUGCACUCGGAGGUACAUGGAUUUAUCCGACAAACUAUCCUCUAAGAGACUACCAGUAUAAAAUUACCUAUGAAGCAUUAUUAAAAAAUACAAUGGUCUGUUUACCGACUGGUCUUGGAAAGACUUUCAUAGCAGCUGUAGUUAUUUAUAAUUACUACCGAUGGUUUCCUCAAGGCAAAAUUGUAUUUAUGGCUCCUACAAAAACGUUGGUGAAACAGCAAAUUGCUGCUUGCAUGAAUAUUGCUGCAAUACCCACAGAUGAUACUGCAGAAAUUACCGGUGCAACUCAAGCGAAGAAGAGAGAAAACGUAUGGCAAACCAAAAGAGUAUUCUUUAUAACUCCACAAACUUUACAUAAUGAUUUGAAAAUGGGUAUUUUUCCAGUAAAUAUGAUCAGGUUAAUCGUUGUUGAUGAAGCUCAUCACACUCGAGGAAAAUAUUCGUAUGUAGAAGUGGUUCAGAUGAUAAGGGAGAAGCAUGAGUUUUUUAGAAUUUUGGCAUUGAGUGCUACGCCAGGGAAAAAUGUUGAUGAAGUCAUAGAGAUUAUAAACUGUUUGCGAAUAAACCAUCUUGAAAUAAAAAAUGAAGAAUCACCAGAUGUUGUUCCAUAUAUACAUUCAAAAAAUAUUCAUACUAUAAUAAUUAAGUUAGAUCCUGUAUUGAUGUCUUUUCGAGAUAAAUAUAUGAAUAUUUUAGAUACCUAUGUUCGAAGAUUACUUGAACUUGGUGUUGUAAGUGGCACAUUAGGGACACUUCAUAAAAACAGAAUAUUAAUGCAGUACAAAGAGUAUCAGGCGGAAGCGAACAAAGGAAAAAAGCAUCCGCAGCAUUCACAAGUCGUUAGUGAUUACACAAUGUGCAUAUCGUUAUACCACGGACUGGAUCUACUACUUAAUCAUGGAUACAGAAUAUUUUUGAAUUUUUUCAAGGAUACUAAUAAUAAAGGUUGGCUCAAUCGUGAACACAGAUUGAUGCAGCUGAAACAAGAAAUUAUUAAUUGUGUUGGAGAUUUUAAUUUAGAUGUUAAGUGUCCUGACGGAGAAAUAAUAAAGUCGGAUAAACCGAUUGUGUAUGGUCACCCAAAAUUCAAGCACCUGGCCGAUGUCGUCAAAAAUCAUUUCCAAGAUGCCGAUGACACAAGAUGCAUCAUUUUCUGCGAAUUUCGGGACACUGUUGUCUUAGUCAACAGAUUAUUAUUGGACAUUGGACCACCAAUCAAGCCUAGAAUGUUUACUGGAUCUGGAACAUUGUCCGGCGAAGGCGGUGAUAAAAAUUUUACUAAGAAACAACAGAAUGCGGUGAUGCAACAUUUUCGUGCCGGCAUCUGCAAUGUCCUAGUCUCCACUUGUAUUGCUGAAGAAGGUAUCGACGUUGGUGAAGUCGAUCUAAUUAUUUGCUUCGACACCAGCACUAAGAACCCAAGAAGAUUGGUGCAAAGGAUUGGCCGAACCGGCAGGAAAAAAACUGGCAAAGUUGUACUAUUGGCCACAGAAGGACGAGAACAAGCGGUUGUGAUGCAAUGCAUGGUGGAAAAGAAUCACGUGUCAGGGCGCAUUGAAAAUAGUUUGACUAUAAAGAAUAUGUUGAAAUGCAUGAAUGCACCUAGAAUGAUACCUGAUGAUAUUGAGUUGAAGUGUCAACAGAUGCAUUUAGAUUAUACGCCAACGCCUCCUGAAGACUCGAAUAAAGAAAAUAAUACGAAGAAAAAAAAGGCGAAGGCUACGACUGGGAAAAAGAACGCCGAUUUGCGUGAUCUUUUUUCCAAACAAAAAGAAAACAACUUAAAGAAAACCAUGUCGAGAGAUUCAAUUCCUGAUGAUAAUGACACCAGUAAUUUAGGCCCUAAAAUAUCCAAAGUCGACGUAACAAAUUUAUCCAGCGACGAUGAAUUUUCAGUAUAUGAAAAUAUUGUAGAACAAGUUAAAGACAAAGCAAAAGUAAAAAGCAGUUCACAGGAAUCAAAAUCAGGAAAAUCCAAAACCAAGAAUAAACCCAAAGCUGCGGGCGGUGGUAUUUUACGGUUCCUGCAAGUAUCACCGAAGAAAAAUACAAGUUUUACAAAUUCCCUAAACGAUGACAGCACUUCUGAAAAUAAAAGUUUAAACAAAGGUUUUAGAGAUUCGGAUUUAUCUGUUGCAGAUAAAAACCAGUCAUUUUCCUUCCGUGCCAAUGAAUUGUCAGCCGGUCUGGUCAAUUUCAUGUCUAAAGUCAAUUUGAACGAAAUCAAAGCUUUGAUGAACGAUAGUUGCAAUUUUUGUACAACUUUUACGAAAUGUUCUUGUGAACAUUUGAAAGAAACUGCUGUUGCUGCUGAAGAUAUUAGUUUUUUGGAUGAACCUUUUGAAGAACCUGAUUUGAGCUGUUUGAAAGCAGCGUGUGAUGCUAAAAUUGAAGAAUUUAAGAAGUCUCAGGAUGAAGAAGAAACUGAUUGCAAUAUUGCUGAUCAAUUAGAAUGUUUGGAAACUUUUAAAGAACCUGAUUUGAGUUUCGUAAAAGAAACAUGUGAUGCUAAAAUUGAACAAAAUAAAAAGUCUGGGAAUGAAGGAAAAAGUGAUUCAAAAAAUGUUGGUGAAGUGGAAACUAGUUUGUUAGAGGCUAAUGUGGAUAUCAUUGAUAGUAGCAUUUUAGACAACGAUUUUGAAGCGUUCAAUGUGCCGAAUAACAAGAAACCUGCUAAAAAAAAGUCUGCCAACACCUAUCAAAAUCAAAGUUGUGUUGAUAUUUUACCAAAGCACGAAAUAGAUGAUGUUUUAAAGUAUUUUAAUUUAGACAGCGAGUUGGACUUAUUUGGUGAAACAAAGUCGUCUAAAAAAACUGCAAAAACAAUCAGCACUCUGAUUGCUUCACCAAAACCUAAAGUGCCCAAAAAAUCCUUGGACGAACUCAAAAACAAAAGUUUUCUUACCAUCACCCAGAUGUUAGACGUCAUCAACGCUUCCGAUUUAUCUGAUCAAAAAUCACUACAAAAUAGUUCUUUAUCUGAUCAAAAACCAUUACAAAAUAGUACUAUAUCUGAUCAAAAACCAUUACAAAAUAGUACUUUAUCGGAUCGAAAAUCAUUACAAAAUAUUACUUCCUCUGAAAACAACGACAGCACGUUUUGCGAAGAAGCCGAAACCGAUUCUCCUGCAAAUAAAACAAUGAAACCAAAAUUGAAUUUAAGUCGUCUAAAUAGUUUAAAGAUUUUAAAACAUCAACCGAGUACAUCCAGUCAUUUGAAUCGUUCAAAAAGUGAAUCGACAAGUUUAAAUACAUCAACGUUCUUCAAUUCCGUCGAUGAUGAUUUUGAUGACCUUUUGGAUGAAAGGUUUAAGAAUGAGUUGUUUAGUUUAAUUGAUGACAAGGGUGACUCCUUGCAAGCAAAACCAAAUACUACUAGUGAUCCCAAAACAAAUGUAGUGAGUCCUAAAAAAGAUGUGAAAGAUUCUUCCUUGAUUAGUUAUGCGGAUUUUCAGUACGACUCCGACAUCGAUGAUGUAUUUGAAGAAAAGACUGAAAGCUUACCAAAAACAUCCAAAUUAGACCUCUCCAAUUUUAAGUAUAGCGCCAAAACUAGUGCAAAACCUAAUAGCAGAAUUGAUAGUAGAUUUGAGAAAAAUGUUGAUUUAUCAGAUGUACCUGAUUUGGAUUUGUCAGAGUUCCAAUUCAGUUGCAAAACCUCAAGAGAUUCCAAGUCAUCUCCAAGUAUUUUGCAGAAAGACCAGACGUCGAUGGGCAAAUCAAGGAAGAGAAAAGUGAGAUCCAAAGCCUUAUCAUUUUUGGAUUUGGAAGCAGCAGUAUCAGGCAGUGACGAAGAUAAUCUUGAUGAAGCUACUGAAGAAGAUAUGACGUUUGUUGACAAUAAUUUUGAAAAUGAGCACGAGGAACAAGUUGAUAUGACCAAGCAGUAUUUACAAAGCAUCAGGAGUCCUUUAAAAGUAGGAGGUUUCAAAAUACCACAAAUAGCUCCUGUGAAACAUAAAGAAUGGGAUUUUACUCAAGUUGCUAUUGCCGCUGAUCAAACUAAUUAUGAAGAUUCUUUCGUACUUUCGCAAGAUGACAAAAUUGAAUACGACCACGAUUUGUCAGAACUCGAAAUUCUUGAACGCAAACUCCGAAAAAACAGUAAAAAAAGACAAAAAUCUUCUAACACUGCAUCAAAUCGAAAAAAUUCCAGCAGUGAUGAAGAAACAAUUAUCAUCACUCGAAAACGAAAACAAUCCUCAAUUAAAAAUGAAACCACAAAACCUUCUUCUGAUUUAACGCAAAUUUUGGAUGAAGAUGAUGUAUUUGAAACAAAAUCUAGUGGUGAGAAAAAACAGUUCAAAACACCAGAAAAAUCGGGUAGAGUUAGAAAAAUAUUUACGUCACCCGAUUUAGAUGAUUUGGAUAUAAUAGAAAAUUCUCAAAGCCCGAAGAAAAAAAAUUAUGUUAAUAAUUAUGAAACUAAAACGAGCAGUGAUGAAGGAAAUCAGUCCAUUACAGGACGAAGAAAAGCUAAUUUUAAUAAAAAGACUGUAAAGAAACUUUGUAUAUUAUCGGACACAGAAAGUGAUUUAGAGUGA